CUAUUGGCGACCAACUCCGAGAAAUAUGGCAGCCUCCAUAGCAUUAGCAAGGCAGAUUACUCGUGUUAAUAUUAAUAAUACAAAAAUUUGUCGAUUGUCGACUGUAUGCACAGACGGGGCUUUUUGCAAUGCAAGCCUAAAGAGAUAUUCAGAUGUUGCACCAUCAAGGUCUGAUCCGGAACCAGAUGUCGUAGAAAGCCAUAAUGAAACGUUGAGCAAUGCACAAGCACAUUAUAGGUACAUAUUUCCGGAGAUUCUGCCCAAUCCAGAUUCUACAAGACGAAACAAAGUUUGCGAGAUGCUAGAGAGAAACGACAUGAUGAAUCGACGUAGCGUUCUCGAAAUCCCCGAGUUUUAUGUCGGUAGCAUAUUGGCAGUGACUGCGUCAGACAAAUAUGCAGCAGGAAAUACAAGUCGGUUUGUGGGAAUCUGCAUAGAUCGAGGCGGGUGUGGCCUGCGUGCUUGGUUUAUCUUGCGAAAUGUAAUAGAUGACCAAGGCAUUGAGAUCAUGUAUGAGAUGUACAGCCCAAUGAUACGAGAGAUUCAAAUGUUGAAACUCGAGAAGAGAUUGGAUGAGUCAUUGUUGUACUUGAGAGAUGCUCCAAACGAGUAUAGCACUUUCGACUUUGAUAUGGCAGAAGUUCCACAUGUAGCAGGAGAUCACGUUCCUAUAAAUCCACUCAAGGUGAAGUUGCGGUCACGGCCCUGGCUAGAACGCUAUGAGAGACAGGAUCUCAAGGGAGUAGAGGACUUAGGAUUAGCUCAGAAGUUCUACGACCGCGCAAAGCAACUAGCUACACCAUGGGAAAAGUAUGACAUCAUGAAACAGUACAGAGCAACCGUGACAGCAGAGGACCAGGACGAGGUCUUCCGAGACAUACACGAGAAGCAGCAACAGAUAGAGCAGGCAAGAAUCGUGAGGCGCCGACGAAAGAAACUGCAAUCGAACCGAUGAGACAGUAGUUAUUUUUAAACAUAGUCGCGGAGCGUGACUAGCUGGCAUGAUUUAAUAAAUGUUAGGAUAAUGAAAAGCAAUUCUGGGAGUUGUGAAAAAUACAGGCGCACCCAACUGUAGAGUUCAGUUGGUAUGGUAAUGCAGUAUGGUCAAUAAACAGUAGGUCCGUCUGAAACUUUGCUGUUAAGGAAAUAAGCUAGCGUAAUUCCCAUCAAGUUGUUAAAGUAGUUCCGAUUAAAGAUAUUAAAGAUAGUAUGCAAAGACAAUUAU